GGUUACUGCUACGUGUGAAAGAUGGCUGAGGCUGCGGUACAAAAUGAUUCCCGCUGGUUGCCGGACUUAGAGUUCAUUAAACAGGAGCUGCAAAGGCAAGACCCGACCUUGCUCUCCGUGGGCAUCGCCCUGAUUGUUGUGUUGCUGAGCUUUGUUCUAUGGAAAAUUCUGAGAGGCAGUCGGAUCAGCCGAAGAGCAGUGCUGCUUGUUGGACUCUGUGACUCCGGAAAAACUCUUCUUUUCAACAGGUUGCUUACAGGAACAUACAAGAAAACCCAAACCUCUAUCACUGCCAAUUCUGCUGCAUAUAAAGUGAAAAGUGACAAGGGGACCAGUUUGACACUUGUUGACCUUCCUGGUCACGAAAGUUUGAGGCAUCAAUUCCUGGAGCAAUAUAAAGCAUCAGCAAGGGCCUUGCUGUUUGUAGUGGACAGUUCAGCAUUCCAGCGUGAGGUGAAAGAGGUGGCUGAGCUCCUUUACCAACUAUUGACAGAUGUUGCAGUACUGAAGAAUGCUCCACCAAUACUCAUUGCUUGCAAUAAACAAGAUAUUUCAAUGGCCAAAUCAGCCAAACUUGUACAGCAGCAGUUGGAGAAAGAGCUGAACACUCUUCGUGUCACUCGCUCGGCUGCUCCUACCACCCUGGAAGGUAGCAACUCGGGUGUCGCACAGCUUGGGAAGAAAGGCAAAGACUUCGAUUUUACCCAGUUACCUAUGAAGGUAAAAUUCCUGGAAUGCAGCACUCAUGACAGUAAAGAAGAGGAUGGGGAUGCCAACAUUAGUAAUGUAGAGGGCUGGCUGGCUAAGCUAGUUUGAGAAACUUCUACCAAGUUGUAGAACAACAUAUGGGCACUUACCUGAUGAAACAUUUUAAUGGAUUUCCCUGCACCUUAAAGGGAAAACCUUAUUUGGCUGGUGCCUUGUCAAUGAUUGCUGCAUUUAAUAGGUUGCUGCUGCCGCUUUCUUCAUGCGCUCCAGAUAAAAGAAAAGUGCAGCUCUGAGGAAACCGCGUCGCUUAUAUCAGCGAUGAUCUAUUAUAUCAGCAACCAAAUAGUGAACUAUGCCUUUCAUGCUGGAUUUGCAAUUCCACAAUUUGUGUGGAGGGGGUUACUAAUGUAGAGCAACCUCUAUUUCUCCAGCUGUUCUUUAAAUACAACUUCCAGCAUCCCCAGCCUUUGGUUGGAUUUUGGGAGACAUAUUGUGACAUCUGGAGGACUGCAGUUUGUUAUGCCCUUAGUUCAUAUCUGUUCUGAAUUAGAACUUUAAAUGAAUGUUGAAUAUUAGAGUAGAACUUCACCUUCAAUCUAUUUCUAUUUUUGUACUAUUUAUUUUGCAAUACCUCUAUCUGCCUCCUGCUUGCAACACUGUCCAACAAGGAAAUAUUUACUGAAAAAAUCAAAUGUACACUAUUACAAAGUGCUAAGCAAUUGGGCCACUAUAGAGGGGGAGGGAGCAUAUAGAGCAAAGUAUUUUGUAGACUAGCAUAUUUAGUUUUGCAAUGGAUCGGUUUUUUUUUCUUUGAAGGAACUUUAAAAAGAAUAAAAUAUGUUUUGCCUU